GCGGGAAGAGCGGCGGGCACGGCUGUAGCUCGGUCUCCCGGCUGCGCGCGAAGCGGGAGGGCUCUCUUCACACAAGCGCUUCCUCGCGGAGAGGUUAGAGCUGCCGCAGUCGCAGGCCUGGGCCGCCCCUUCCCUGCCGCCGCCUUCUUUUCCUCAGGGCUCCUCGGUCCGCUCGCCCUCCGGCGCUCCCAGGAAUUUGACAAGAAACUGAAUUUUUGAUCAAAUAUAUUUUGAGUAUGAAACCAGACAUGUAACAAAGUUUAGAUUCUUUCAUUUGAUUAAGGUAUGGUCUGAAUAUGCGUUGCUUGGCAGCUCGGGUCAACUAUAAGACUCUGAUUAUCAUCUGCACACUCUUCACUUUGGUCACAGUACUUUUGUGGAAUAAAUGUUCCAGCGAUAAAGCGAUCCAGUUUCCACGGCACUUGAGUAGUGGCUUCAGAGUGGAUGGAUUAGAAAAAAGAGCAGCAGCAUCUGAGAGUAACAACUAUGUGAACCACAUGGCCAAACAGUCUGAGGAGGCAUUCCCUCAGGAACAGCAGAAAGCACCCCCUGUUGUUGGGAGCUUCAACAGCAAUGGGGGAAGCAAGGUGUUAGGGCUCAAAUAUGAAGAAAUUGACUGUCUCAUAAAUGAUGAACACACAAUUAAAGGGAGACGAGAGGGAAAUGAAGUCUUUCUUCCAUUCACUUGGGUAGAGAAAUAUUUUGAUGUAUAUGGAAAGGUGGUUCAAUAUGAUGGCUAUGAUCGGUUUGAAUUCUCUCAUAGCUAUUCCAAAGUCUAUGCACAGAGAGCCCCGUAUCACCCUGAUGGUGUGUUUAUGUCCUUUGAAGGCUACAAUGUGGAAGUCCGGGACAGAGUCAAGUGCAUAAGUGGGGUUGAAGGUGUACCUUUAUCUACACAGUGGGGACCUCAAGGCUAUUUCUACCCAAUCCAGAUUGCACAGUAUGGGUUAAGUCAUUACAGCAAGAAUCUAACUGAGAAACCCCCUCACAUAGAGGUAUAUGAAACAGCAGAAGACAGGGACAGAAACAGCAAGCCUAAUGACUGGACCGUGCCAAAGGGGUGCUUUAUGGCUAGUGUGGCUGAUAAGUCUAGAUUCACCAAUGUUAAACAGUUCAUUGCUCCAGAAACCAGUGAAGGUGUAUCCUUGCAACUGGGGAACACAAAAGAUUUUAUUAUUUCAUUUGACCUCAAGUUCUUGACAAAUGGAAGUGUGUCCGUGGUUCUAGAGACCACAGAAAAAAAUCAGCUCUUCACUGUACAUUAUGUCUCAAAUGCCCAACUAAUUGCUUUUAAAGAAAGAGACAUAUACUAUGGCAUUGGGCCUAGAACUUCAUGGAGCACGGUUACAAGGGACCUGGUCACUGACCUCAGGAAAGGAGUGGGUCUUUCCAACACAAAAGCUGUCAAGCCAACCAAAAUAAUGCCCAGAAAGGUAGUUAGGUUGAUUGCAAAAGGGAAAGGAUUCCUCGACAACAUUACCAUCUCCACCACAGCCCACAUGGCCGCGUUCUUUGCUGCCAGUGAUUGGCUGGUAAGGAACCAGGAUGAGAAAGGUGGCUGGCCAAUUAUGGUGACCCGUAAGUUAGGAGAGGGGUUCAAGUCUUUAGAGCCAGGGUGGUACUCUGCCAUGGCCCAAGGGCAAGCCAUUUCUACAUUAGUCAGGGCCUAUCUGUUGACAAAAGACCAUUUAUUCCUCAGUUCAGCUUUAAGGGCAACAGCCCCUUACAAGUUUCUGUCAGAGCAGCAUGGAGUUAAGGCUGUGUUUAUGAAUAAACACGACUGGUAUGAAGAAUAUCCAACCACACCUAGCUCUUUCGUUUUAAAUGGCUUUAUGUAUUCUUUAAUUGGGCUGUAUGACUUAAAAGAAACUGCAGGGGAAAAACUUGGGAAAGAAGCAAGGUCCUUGUACGAGCGAGGCAUGGAAUCUCUUAAAGCCAUGCUCCCCUUGUAUGACACUGGCUCAGGGACCAUCUAUGACCUCCGCCACUUCAUGCUUGGCAUUGCCCCCAACCUGGCCCGCUGGGACUACCACACCACCCACAUCAAUCAGCUGCAGCUACUCAGCACCAUCGAUGAGUCCCCAAUCUUCAAAGAAUUUGUCAAGAGGUGGAAAAGCUACCUUAAAGGCAGCAGGGCAAAGCACAACUAGAGCUCAGAACCAAAAUCGUCUUUCAGCCUCUGCCGUACACAAAAACCAUCGGCUCUAUCUCAGCAGAGCUUAGGCACGUUUUAAAAGGUGGUAUACUAGGUUUUUGUGGAUUACAUCGAAGUGAUAAACCAGUCUUCUGAGAUAAUUGCAUUCUAUGGGUUGGGUGUUUCAAAACAUAGGUAGCACUUGGAGCAGAAAAGUGUUUAGUCGAUGGCUGAACAGAGAUGUUUAACUUUGCCUUGCUUAUUACAUAGCGUCUACAGUUCCACAGACAGUCCAGUCCCUCUGGGUCUGGGGAAGACACUGGUAAGUAGCUGUUUCUGGCCAACUGUCCGGCACUUACCUGAAAACUUAGUAUGGGUCUCUUUUAAAAUGUGAUGAUUUAUGUUUAUGUUGGAAACAAACUUUAAAAAAAUAAUGUGCUGUAAUACAGUAAAUGUGUACUCGCAGCCUGAAUAGUGGACUGUGUGCAACUUUUUAAAAUGAUGUUUCUUUUCUACAGAUUAAUUUCUUGGCGAAUUUCGUGUUGCGUUUCUUGAAUUUGUUAUAUAUGGAGAAUAUUUUGAAUGUACGGUUUUCUUGAAAUGUGUAAAUUAAAAACACAACCAGUGUUCAGGCUUCACAGUUAUAUAACGUAAGCACAACUAAAACAAAACUUGUUGACUGCACAAGAAAUCACAAAAACGUUAUGUUUUAUGAAACUUGAUCUACAAUCAGUAAAGAUUUGAUAAUCAGCCGAUCCCUCCCCACCCCCGCUGUGAUGGUUUCUUUUUGUCACUGUCUAGAAUUCUGUAUUUCAUUUCAGACUAUACUUGAGAGUUUUGUCUAUUUUGGGGGACAUUUUUGGGACAUUGUGGAAAUUUUAUUGGAGGAAGGGGCUAAUCCAUUCCCACUACCAUUUCAGGAUUUUUUUCCCCCCUCUUUAAAGAAAAAUACUACGUCAGAUAUUACAUACAAGAAUCAUGGCAGGUUUUUUCCCUACUUUUGGAUCAUUCUUGGUCAUCAACUUUCCAGACCAUUGACUCUGCACAUGAGUGUUUUUCCUUUGCAAUUUUAAUUUUAAAUUAUUUCAGCUCUUGGAUAGAAGUGAUUGAUGCUACCACGUUUGCUGUACAUGUGUAACCAGACCUUUAUUUGGGUUUUCUAUCCCACUAUACCUUACCUCACAUAAAUAGGUUUCACAACCCUUGUACCCUGGGCAGUGUCUGCUAUAGGGCUUUAGGCAUUAUCAAAAUCAAGCGAGGUUGAUUUUGUUGUUUUUGUUGAAUGUAUGACAGUACACUAAAUGAAUACUGUAACUUAUACAGAUUGAAAUAUGAGACCCCACACUUUCAGGAGACUGAGUCUGACAAACACAUUGCAGUUUGUCUGUGACCUGUAUUAAAUGCACAUCAAGAGCCACGUGGGCACUUGCCUACAUACUGCAUCUUAAAUCGAACUCAGCCUCCCGACACUACUUAGAAACCAGAAACUAUAUACACAUCUAUGAAUAGAAUAAACAUGCAAAAUAUAUAUAUUAGUGGCAAAGGGAGCAGGAGCAGAGAAGACAAUAUAGAUGUACACUGAAGACAGUAGUAAACCGGCCACGGAGAAGGAAGCUUAAACUCCCACGUUACGUGACCACAACUCUCUUCCUCCCACAACACGACAGUUGUGGGUUAUUAAGCUUCCCCCUGGCUUUUGACCUUUAUCGUUCUUAGACAUGAUUAGAUGUCUCCACAAGAAUAUCUGGACUCCUUUUUUUAUUUCAGUGCCCCAACAUAAACUUUCUCCAAUCGGGAAACCCUUUGCUCUUCAUCUCACUUGUUAUUACUGAGAGCAGUCCAGACUUCUGCCUUGUGUUUGCAUACUGGUCCUUAGACUAAGGGAAUCCACGAAAACAGCACGGUACUGCUUCCGAGACAAAUAUCAGUGCCUUAACAAUGUGGCUGUCCUUUUCCACUGAAAAAGGAAAGACAUUUUGAUCUAGAAAUGACAUUGCUGUUUCACUGCUGUUGGUUUCACACUGCCUUCCACGUUGCAACAGCAACUUGAUUUUUCUUGUGAUCCCAGAUUUUUCUAAGAGGAUGAGUUGAACCUGUGGCAGCUGUGGCAGCUCCGCCAGCGUACACCAGUGGUUCUCCAGCUUUCGGGUGCCUCCGAAUCACCUGGGAGCUUCCUGAGCUACAGAGUCACUAAGUCUGCCUGGGAAGCAGGAUAGUCUGCAUUUUUAACAAGCAUUCGGAUCUUUCUGGUGCAGGUGAUCUGCGGGGCAGACGUGGAGGAACACUGCCCAAGACCAUCAAUCGCAUUUUUGUUCCGAAACACCUACAGCGUUCUUUAUAGGUUUUUAAAUCAUGUAAAAUGUUUACUUAUUCUGAGCGUAGAGAGAAUGGGGAAGGUAUUUUAAAGUUUUAUUUUGUUUUGUUUCUUUAAAUUUUUCUUUGUUUCCAGAUAAUGGGUAUUCGUUUUUCACACUUGAGUUAGCUUUGAUGUCAAAUUAAAUCUGUUGCCACUUCAGUUGUAAAGCCAGCCCAAAGUUUCCAGAUGAAGGUCAAGUUUGACCCUUUGGGAUUGUUGUACAUAAAGGCUUCAUCCAAAAACCAUCCAGUGUACGUGAGCAGAUACAGAAACGGCACAAGCACAGCUCUCCAGAUGUGGCAGUCCUUUCCUCCGCCAGGUGCGGACUCUCGCUGAAAGCUGCUGUUUUCUUCCUUGUUGCAGUUGUUGUUCUUGUUUCUCCUCCGUUGCACAUGUGGGUUAGAGACCAUGUGUCAAAUAUGCAAUAAAGUGUUUACUGGAUGCCCUGCUGAAGGGUGGUCCUUUGUAAAGUUGUACAGACUUUGCGGUUUAAGCACAAUGUGCACAUGCUAGUUUUCUAUACAGCAAAACUUGAUUUUUUGCAGAUGGAAAGGUAUUUUGUUUCUAUACAAAGUAAAUGGAUUGUUUGUGCUUCAUGUAAAGCUGCUUUAUAAAAUUGUAAAAUAAAGUUUUUAUCUUCAAAGGAAUA